AUACUCUAAUUGCUUGGUACUUUAUUUAGCAUCUUAGUAAAUUAAAAAAUUAUAAUAUGGCUAACAGACCUCGUGGUUAUGGUUUAUCAGCUGAGUUGGCACGAAAGAAAGCCGAAAAAUUUGAUCCCGACGUAUCUAGCGAUUGCAUGUAUUGGAUUAGAGACGUACUUGUUGAUGGAGGUUACACGGAUGAAGCUUCAAAAAUAAUAACAGAGGUCAGAUGUGAAAAAGAUGUAAUUUCUAGCCUAAAAGACGGACAAGUUUUAUGCAAGCUCGUUAACGUCAUUGUCCCAGGAUCAGUAAAAAAAAUUAACGAUAGUCAAAUGGUAUUUAAACAAAUGGAAAAUAUUAAUAACUUUCUCACAGCUUGCGAAAAAAUGGGCUGCAAAAAAUUAGAUCUGUUUCAAAGUGUCGACCUUUACGAAGCUCAAAAUAUUCCACAGGUUAUAAACGGCAUUUUAGCACUAGGUCGAAAAGCACAAACUAUUGGUUACGAUGGUCCCUGUCUCGGACCAACCGAAGCAACGGAAAAUAAACGCGAAUUUACAGAACAACAACUUAGAGCUAGUGAAGGAAUAAUUGGUUUGCAAGCUGGUUCAAAUCAAGGAGCAACGCAAUCAGGGCUAAAUUUUGGUAAAACUCGAGCGAUCAUAGAUUAAUAUGAAAUGUUUGUAAAAAGUACGUUGUUAAAUAUUUGUUAAACUUUCAAGAAAGUCAUAUAUUACCAUCUUUUUAAAAUAUUUUGUUGCUGUUUUUGGCUUA